CAUUUGUUCUUUUAAAUGUGGAAGCCAAUUAUUUUGGACGUCGAGUGCAUCGUUUGCAACAAAUCGUUGCAAAAGAUAAGUCACGAUCCCAGAAAAGUGCCGUGUAAGAUGGGAAAAAUCACAAACAGGCGAUCUAGAACACCCAACUGGUCUCUCGAUGAGAAGCAGUACCUACUAGAGUUAAUAAAACAACGUAAAGAUGUUGUUGUUAUACAAAAGAACAGCGGGCCUAAUCAUUCCGAGGAAAAGGACACGGCAUGGAAUGAAAUAUUACAUGCUUUAGCUGUGAGGUUUGGUCCAAAAUUUUCCGCUAGUAAUAUUAAAAAAGUGAAAACACAAUGGCAGAACAUGAAACGAAUUGCCCGUGAAGAAAUAGCAUUAGUAGGUCCGGCUGUUGAUAAGUUUACUAAGCAAUCGUUCGAGGUAUGCAAUAUACUGGAUUUAGUAAAAGAUGGUGUGUUCAAAGGGAAUGACAAUUUGAACGAGACAACGUUAACCACUGACAUAGUUAUUAAGACCGAACGUCUCGAUGAGGAAUUGAACCAACCAAGCUGCAGUGCCAGCGACUUCACCAUAGACAUCCCGGAUACUCCUCAACCACCCCAAGAUGUCAACAAUGAAGUGCCAAGACAAGAUUAUUUUCUCGCCCCACCGCCAUCUACAAAUAAUCAAUGCCAAAAUAUCAACGAGUCUUCGAGAUCUUCGUCUUCUGAGCAGUCAGAAAUGAACUAUUUUGAACAAAAUGAACCUAUGGAUGGCCUGACUAAAAAGAGUGUAUCUUGCAUGACUGAGCCCAAUAAUGAGACAAAUAUUAAUUCCUUCCAUAAAGACCUUCAAGAAUUUUUCAGAUACACAACGACAGAAAAGCAGAUGAAGAUGGACACAUUGAAAGAAGAGCGUUGUGCAGCGAGGGCACUGAGGGAGACUGCUGAACUGAACAAAAUCAUUGCUGAACAGAAACUGAAGCAUGUGUUGUGGAUGAAAAAACAGGACAUGACAACGUAUGUUGGGGAGCCCGGUUCUGGUGCGGGCAGAGGGGGCGGCGGAGGUGGCUCCAUCCGGGAGGCGGGGGGCAGCUUCGGCAAGAUGGAAGCUGCCAGGGAAGAUGAAUACUUUUACAAAAAGCAAAAGGAACAGUUGGCGAACCUCAGAGGCCACUUGGACAAGGAGAUCAACUUCCACCAGGAGCAGAUCAAACGUCACGAGGACGCCAUACGCCGCCACAAACAGCAAAUGAGCGAAAUGGACAAGAAACAUUAAAUGACGUCAUAACUUUUUAAAAGAUGCAAUCGUAUUAAGUAUGUAACCGUUUUUCACUCUUGUGGUCGCUUUUAUUUUGUUUAAUUGUUAGUUUCAAGUUUAAAUGGCAAUUAUACGGUCUGUGAUUGA